AUAUAUGGAAAGAUAUUUGUCCGAUGAAUUGGCUGAUGUAUGAUGUUGUAACAUAAUGUAAUGCAUAUGCAUUGUGUGCAAACUAGUGCUAUUGGAGGAUUCGCCUCUCCCAUUAUCAAAUCAUCACUUUCACUUCCGUCAACAACAAUGGCCAUGCCUUCUCCUAACUCACUCCGAGUUGCAGCGGCCCAGAUGACAUCCGUCAGCGACCUCGCCGCCAAUUUCGCCACCUGCUCUCGCCUUGUCAAAGUUUUCUUCUUUUCCAUAUUUUCUUUUCUGGGUUCCCUUUAUUUUCUCUCAUAUUUUUCUCUUCUAUUUUAUAUCCUCCUUUGUACUGUUUUUCUUUUGAAUACUGAGUAUUGGGUUUGGUGUGCAAAGGAAGCAGCUUCAGCUGGAGCCAAAUUGCUUUGCUUUCCUGAGGCUUUCUCUUAUGUGGGUACCAAGGAUGGGGACAGUGUUAGUGUUGCUCAACCAUUGGAUGGACCAAUUAUGAACCAGUAUUGCUCUUUGGCCAGAGAAUCCAGCAUUUGGUUGUCACUUGGAGGCUUCCAAGAGAAAGGAUCUGAUCCUCAACACUUGUGUAAUACUCACGUUAUAGUAGAUGAGACUGGGAAAAUUAGAAGCUCUUAUAGAAAGAUACACCUGUUUGAUGUAGAUGUUCCUGGUGGAAGGGUAUAUAAAGAAAGUAGUUUUACAGAACCAGGCAAUGAUAUUGUUGCAGUAGACAGUCCUAUUGGGCGUCUGGGGCUAAGUGUAUGCUAUGAUCUGAGAUUUCCUGAGAUGUACCAGUUGUUACGUUUCCAACAUGAAGCUCAGGUACUGUUGGUACCUUCAGCAUUCACUAAAGUUACAGGUGCUGCACACUGGGAGAUUCUUCUUCGUGCCCGUGCAAUUGAGACUCAAUGUUAUGUCAUUGCUGCUGCUCAAACAGGAAAACAUGGUGAUAAAAGAGAAAGCUAUGGUGACACAUUAAUCAUCGAUCCAUGGGGGACAAUUGUUGGCCGAUUACCAGAUCGUUUGUCUACAGGCAUUGUAGUAUCUGAUAUUGAUUUAUCACUUGUUGAUUCAGUUAGAGAGAAAAUGCCAAUUGACAAGCAAAGGAUGCCAAUUGACUUCUGGAAAGCUGCAUCUCUAUAGUUCUUCUUAUUUGGACCAUCAACAAGGAUUACUUAUUUAAAAAUAUGGGAUUAUUUGUAUGUAGACUUAAAGAUGGUAUAUACAAAUAUUGAAUUUUGGACUUUGUGGUAAUAAGUAAGCAAGU